AUGGGCAUUGUCGUGGUCCUAACCUUUGACUACCACCCAUUCCACAAUGCACUGGCCCCUUACAGCUCCCCCUGUAGGUGUUCAGUUCAUCAGAAAAGCACCGAAUCAGAGUCCGGCUGUGUCUCCAUGAGGAGUGAUGAUGAAUCUGUGGAUCAGCCGUUAGAUGUUAAGAGUGGAGACACAGAGACUGAUCUCAGCCAUAAAGCCCUCAACACAUUUAGAUCAAAUCUGCUGAAGAAGUUUGAGUGUCUGUAUGAGGGAACAGCGGCACAGGAAAACCCAGCAUUUCUGAAUGAGAUCUACACAGAGCUCUACAUCACAGAGAGUGAGAGUGGAGAGAUCAGUCAUGAGCAUGAGGUGAGACAGAUUGAGACACAAUCCAGGAGAUCAACAACAGAGGACACAGCGAUCAAAUGCAGAGACAUCUUUACACCUUUACCUGGACAAGACAAAGCCAUCAGAACUGUGCUGACGAAGGGAGUCGCUGGCAUCGGAAAAACAGUCUCUGUGCAGAAGUUCAUCCUGGACUGGGCUGAAGAGAAGGAGAAUCAGGACGUCCAGCUCAUAUUUCCACUUCCUUUCAGAGAGAUCAAUCUGAUGAAGGACAAAACACUCAGUCUGUCAGAUCUUCUUCAGCUCUAUUUCCCUCAAACUAAAGAAAUGGAAAUAUCCAGUGACAAAUAUAAAGUGCUGUUCAUCUUUGAUGGUCUGGACGAGUGUCGUCUUCCUUUAAAUUUCAAAAGGAACAAGACUCUGAGGGAUGUGUCCAAAACAUCAUCAGUGGAUGUGCUGCUGACAAACCUGAUUGUGGGGAAUCUGCUUCCCUCUGCUCUCAUCUGGAUCACCUCCAGACCAGCAGCAGCAGAUCUCGUCCCCUCUGAGUGUGUCCAUCGAGUGACAGAGGUACGAGGCUUCAAUGACCCUCAGAAGGAGGAAUACUUCAGCAAGAGAAUCAGUGAUCAGAGGCUGGCCAAUACAAUCAUCUCACACCUGAAGUCCUCCAGGAGCCUCUACAUCAUGUGCCACAUCCCAGUGUUCUGCUGGAUCUCAGCCACUGUUCUGGAGAAGAUGUUGAGUGAAACAGAGACUGCAGAGAUUCCCAAGACUCUCACUCAGAUGUACACACACUUCCUGAUCCUGCAGACCAACAUCAAACAUCAGAAGGACUAUGAGGAGAAGCUGACAGAUAAAGAUAUGAUCCUCAAACUGGGGAAAGUGGCUUUUCAGCAGCUCAUGAAAGGCAAUAUAAUCUUCUAUGAGGAAGACCUGAGAGAGUGUGGCAUUGAUGUGGCAGAAGCUUCAGUUUACUCAGGAUUGUGCACUCAGAUCUUCAGAGAGGAGUUUGGCUUGUAUCAGGGGAAAGUCUUCAGCUUUGUUCAUCUGAGCAUUCAGGAACAUCUAGCGGCUCUAUAUGUGCACCUCUCCUGUAUAAAAAAAAACAGAAAUGAGUUUAACCCUGCCGCCAAACAGAGUGUGUUGGCCAAAACAAAAUUAAAAUUAAAAAUAAAACCAGCUUCAUUAUCUGAACUGCAUCAGCGAGCUGUAAAUGAGGCUCUACAGAGCAAAAAUGGACAUCUGGAUCUUUUCCUGCGGUUUCUUCUUGGUCUGUCAGUGGAGUCUCAUCAGAUUCUCCUUCAAGCACUAAUGAAACUGAGAAGCAGGUCAAUCAAGAAUAAUAAAACAGUCGAGUACAUCAAGAUGAAGAUCAGGACCAUCAACUCUAUAGAGAAAUCCAUCAAUCUGUUUCACUGUCUGAAUGAACUGGGUGAUCAUUCACUAGUGAAGGAAAUACAGCAGUACCUGAAAUAUGGAGGAAUAAAGGGAGCCAAACUCUCCUCAUCUCAGUGGUCAGCUGUAGUUUUUGUGUUGUUGACAUCAGAGAAGAAGCUGGAGGAGUUUGAUAUUAUUGAAUUUGUUGCUGGAAACGAUAAAACUGAAAAACUGCUCGUUUUUAGGAGGCUGCUGCCUGUGGUUAGAGAAUUCAGAUCAGUUCAGUUGUAUGAUUGUGGUCUCACAGAUGAAGGUUGUGCUGCUUUGGCUUCAGCUCUGAGAUCAAACCCUGAACACCUGAGAGAACUGGAUCUGUCCUGGAAUAAUCUAGGAGAUUCAGUGACUCUUCUCUCUGCUGUACUGGAGGAUCCUCACUGUAAACUGGAGAAACUGUGGUAAGGUCAUAUUUGACUUUC